AAAGAAUGACGUAGGUAGACUAAGUAGAAGUAGUAGGAGUUCCCGUCGAAGGGCAAAUUAGGACCGAUACCAAGUGACAGCGAGCUAGCUGUUGGUGCUAUAGUCAGUCCGGGGUCAGCAUACUUAGAGUCGUCUUCUUGCUCAAGUGGAAUUCUUUUCAUUUGGCUCUAGACUACGAUUCGAUAGAGAACGAUUUGGCAAUCUUUUCUUUCCGGGUAUGAAAGAAGUAGCUAGGACCAAUCUCCCUCACAGUGGGAUUCCCUCUUGCAUUUGAUGCCAUCUUCUUAUAGGAUGAAGAUGAUUCACUCACCAAGAAGAACGUCUACUCGAGCAGUAAGAGUCGAUUCAAUGAGCUCAAUCCCAUCCGCCGGAAGCCAUGCCUUUACUCCUAACGCCCCAAGCACCAAGACUGCUUAUGUAGCAUCAACAGCAAAGACUUGGGAACAGCUUCUUCUAUAAUAAGAGAUUCCUACUAAAUGCCAUCUUAACAC